UGGGUUUUGCUACCUGUUACUACCGUUCUUAGUAUGGCUACGUCUACGCCACUGAUUGUGCUCGUCGUUGGGGUGCUGCUGUGCAUUCUGGGCCAGUCACGGGCCUCACCGCUGUCGGGAGAGCCCACCGGGGUGGCUCAAGUUCCGCAAAUUCCGAACAUGCCCGGACCGGGCGAUUUCCCCAGGCCGCCCAAUAUGGCGCAGAGCCGUGUGGUACGUCAAGCACCGCCGGACUUUCCCGACCAAGGAAAGAUGCCACCACCGCCCGAAGGCCCGCCGCCGAUGCCGUCGAUGGUCUGAAUCACGCCGGCACACUAUCGAGCCCGCCGGGACACGGAAACGCCCUCGGGGCAGGCAAACGAUCUUCCGACCUUCGCUCAAACUACUUCGCACGGACGGCGUGAAAAGCGGGCCGCCAAAGGGACCGGGGGCAAGUUUCCCAGUAAAACUGGAUAA